GCGCAUUUAACAGUAAGAAAUUAAGAAUCAGCCCAUGUAGGUCAGCGGCGUCCAUGGUAACACAAUUUCAAAUGACCACUGGACCUGAGGUUACAAGUGAGCUGCGAUGUGCGCGUGCAUACGGACCAGCUUGCGAAGCCUGUGGCCAACAAGCAUGUUUUUAAUGCUGUUGCAGCUGCACUUUUGUGCGGGAUGUCCGUCAACACCUCAGCAGCCGAAGGCAAACCGUGAUUUGAACGACAUGCUGAAAGAGGCCAUGCUGGAUAACCGCCAAGACGACCGGAUCAUACUGACGGGACUAGCCCCGAGUCAAGACGUGACAGACAGCGUGGUGUACCGGCCGCGUUUGGGGGAGCACGCAGAGUUCAACUGCAGCGUGCCAGUUGGCAGUAAUUUGCGUGAUGUGUCCUGGCUGCACCAAGGGCGGACCGUCUUCGAAGCUGGACGGCCGAUUCCGGCGCCGAUGGGGGACACCACGGGACAGAGCUACAAUUUUAGCCACGUCAAUUAUACCCUCAUUUUCGUGGUCCUCAAUGUCAGUAUGCGCUCCGGGGGUUCCGUGCAUUGUGUUGACGCCCCGCGGGGCCCCGCCUACACGCCCCGCUCCCGCGUCCUGCAGCGUUUCAUGCUGUUGCCGCUGAUCACGCGCAGCACAGAAGUUUUCGCAGCGCCCGAUGUUCCUUAUCGGAUCUUGACCGCCAUCGAGGGAGAGCGCGUCACGGUGCCCUGUUCUAUCCGCCUGCCCCUUCCGGACAGCAUCUUUACUGAUAUAUUCAACCACUUGAUCUGGCGCCAUAAGGACCGCAUCGUCCAUGGCCCCUGGGAGGCACCGUACGGGCCCUUGAUUCCCGCCAUGGCCCGCACUUAUUACGCACCGCGUGAUGCUGAAUUCAACCGCCCAUGCUCAACCAAUAGCCCUGGCCAGCUGUCUCGCGUUACACCCUACUUUCAGCCGGUCACGUUGGCCGAUGGGGGACUUCUGGAGUGCUUGUUCCGGCCGCACCGGGGCAUACAUGAAUGGAUAGUUCAGACGACGGAGCUAUUGGUUUAUCCUAAGAAUGCCACGCAGUAACGCCAUUAUGGGCGAUACCGGACGGUAGUUUCCGUUAUGAUGCUAGUGUGCUGCACUGUGUGGAUGUUUGUCAGUAUAUACGAGUAUAUUGUACUAUAUAGUGUUUUUGUGGGUGCGGCGCUGUCAUAAAUGGUGCUGCAGAAGCCGGGAAUGCACGUAGACUUGGCCAACCGAAGAUGGUCUCAUGUGUCGCUUAGUCGCGUGGCACUCGUUCUUGUUGACGAUGACCUGCAAGGGACACGGACGGGACUUCUGGGAUGAAUAUGUCCGGACGAGAUUAGGACUUUUCUGUGUGUGGGCCACUGUGGGGAACGAGCAGCGAAAGAUUGGUGUCGGUCGGGAGAGCCCCGGAGAAGGGGCGAUCACGCUAUUGCGCUUACACUGCUACGUCGGUAAAUUAGUGCAUAUUACGUACUGAUCUAUCUACGCAGUUGGCGAAAGCCGUGAUCGAGUAGCGAUCAGUAGCACUUAAACUAAUCCAUGUAUUUUUUAACUGUUCAAUUUUUAUCCAGAUUUUAUUACGUUGCCUGCAUAAAAGCGUUACAACAACACGAAAACACGAAGC